UUUUCUUUCAGUAAAUUUAAUGAUUUUUACCAAAUCAGUCCCCGUUUUAGUAGAGAAUAGUCCUAGAAAGAAAAAUCAACAUAAACAACCUAAAAAUUUCAACAAAAAUUCUGUCAGGCGGAGAGAAAGCAGUCGAAAUAAUUCCUCUAACCAUCACCAAUCCUUCCAUUCAACGCCUUCAGGUAUGAGUACAACAACCUUAAUAGAUGAAGAACACCAACAACGUCAACAAGUCCGUUCUGCACUUUUACGUCACUGGACUUGGUUAGACCGUGCUAGACUGCAUACUUUCCAUUUUUGGCUAUUUGUUUAUUCCUUGGCACAAAUUUUUUUAUUUCACUAUUUAUGCCACCGUGUUUGGUCCUUUGUUUAUGUUUUCUUUUGUGCGAUAUUCCCAGCUUUAGUUUUGGCUUCUAUUGUGUUGAUACGUUAUGGACGGUUGGAAUUUUCUAGGAAACGACUACGGUGGUUUUCUUUGAUUUCGUCUGUCUCAUUUCCAGUAUUUUUAUGGCUCAUUCACUUGCCGCUAAUUUCUGAAUUUCGAGUUAAACAAGAAAGAAUAGCUGAACUAGCUUCAUUAUCAUCUUCAUUAGCAAUUUGUACCCUCUAUCAAUUUUUUGUUUUGCCUCGCCUCAGGCGUUUAUUCACUUUUCUCUCCCUUGGAUUUAUUAUUUGCAAUACUUUAAUUAUUGGAAUAUUUUUAUAUAUUUACAAUGAUCAACUAGCUUUCUCAGAAUCCCCAAUACUUGCAGUUAUCCCUCUCUUUAUCUAUCAAUUAAUUGUUUUGAUUGUUGGAAUUAUUUGUGAUUCAAAUUCUGCAAGUAGUAGACAAGCUAUAGCACAAAAAUUAACUGAAGCAAUUCAAAGGAGGGAUGAACUUGAACAACUUAAAAAUAGACAGGUGGAAAUGGAUGGGAGUCUGAAAUCCCUUUUAGAUACCCCAUAG